UUACAACCUUGCUGUUAAUGUGUCACCUGCUGAUGCUGCCCAGCUACAUAAACUGGUCAUCCUGCAGCGCUGCAUGCAGACCGUCAGAGCAGCAGGGGGGGCACCAUGGGGAAAGGUUUCUACAUUAGUAAAGGGGUCGCUGUUGGGGGGGUCGUCGUAGCGGUGGCAGCCCUGUCCACCAUCAUUGCUUUGUCCGUGGUCUACUCACAGGAGCGCUCCAAAACCAACGGGAGCGACGGCGAGGCCACUGUUGGCCCCACCAACGCCCCCCCCACACCGCCGCCAUCCAACGAGCCCUGGGACCAGUACCGGCUGCCCACGCACCUGGUGCCGGAGAACUACACUGUGAUGCUGUGGCCUCGACUGACUCCAGAUCCAGAUACUGGACUUUACAUCUUCACCGGCGAGUCCACUGUGGAGUUUGAGUGUGUGGAGGAAACCGAUCUGAUUCUCAUCCACUCCAACAAGCUUAACUACACAUCACUGGAAAAUGGUCAAUUGGCCAGGCUCACCUCUAAGUCACCUCAGACAGCGCCCUCAAUCACGCAGUCCUGGCUCCAGACGGUCACUCAGUAUCUGGUCCUGCGGCUGAACAGCAAACUGGUGAAAGGCCAACGGUACCAACUCUACACCAAGUUCACAGGAGAGCUGGCUGACGACCUGGGAGGUUUCUACAGGAGCGAGUACUUUGAGGGCACUGAAAAGAAGGUUAUUGCAACCACACAGAUGCAGGCAACUGAUGCCAGGAAGUCCUUCCCCUGCUUUGACGAGCCGGCCAUGAAGGCUUAUUUCUUCAUUACUCUGAGGCACGAUGUGGACAAGGUGGCUCUGUCCAACGGGGCAGCAGUCGAAACAACCACUGUAACUGUCGACGGGGUUACUGUGCAGCAGACAGUUUUUGAGAGAACUGAGAAGAUGUCCACCUACCUGUUGGCGUUCAUUGUCUGCGACUAUGGCUAUGUUAACAGCACCACUGGUGGAGUUUUGAUCCGCAUAUUUGCUCGCAAGCCUGCCAUCGAUGCCGGCCAAGGAGACUACGCUCUGAGCAUAACUGGUCCCAUCUUAAAAUUCUUUGAAAACUACUACAACUCCAGCUACCCCUUACCCAAGUCUGAUCAGAUAGCUAUUCCAGACUUUAAUGCUGGUGCCAUGGAGAACUGGGGUCUGAUCACAUACCGAGAGACGGCGCUUCUGUACGACCCAGAAUUCUCCUCCAACUCCAACAGGGAAAGGAUAGCAACCAUCAUUGCUCACGAGCUGGCUCACAUGUGGUUUGGUAACCUGGUCACCCUGCGCUGGUGGAACGAUUUGUGGCUGAAUGAAGGCUUCGCCUCAUAUGUUGAGUACCUGGGAGCCGACGACGCUGAGCCCACCUGGAAUGUGAAAGACCUGAUGGUGCUGAACGACGUCCACAGAGUUUUUGCCGUCGAUGCUCUGGCUUCUUCUCACCCCCUGUCCUCUAAAGAGGAGGACAUCCAGAAACCAGAGCAGAUCAGCGAGCUGUUUGAUGCCAUCACAUACAGCAAGGGAGCUUCUGUCCUCAGGAUGUUGUCAGACUUCCUGACUGAAGAAGUUUUCACAAGAGGACUCCAGAGCUACCUGAAGGAGUUCGCUUUUGGAAGCACCGUCUACACAGACCUGUGGAAGCAUCUGCAAACUGCUGUGCAAGAAACUGGAACAGACCUCCCCGCCAACAUUGACGCCAUCAUGAACACCUGGGUGCUGCAGAUGGGUUUCCCCGUGGUUACCAUCGACACAGUGACCGGCGUGGUGUCCCAGCAACACUUUCUGCUUGAUCCAGAUUCUGUGACCCCUCCUCCAUCCCCUUACAACUACGAGUGGAUCGUUCCCAUCAGGUGGAUGAAGACUGGAGCAGUUCAACCUCCCAGGUGGCUGCAGGCAAAAUCAGAGACCGUGAAUGAGAUGAAGACCACCGGGACCGACUGGGUCCUGGCCAACCUGAAUGUAGUGGGAUACUACAGGGUCAACUAUGACACAGCCAACUGGAACAAACUGCUCAAUGCUCUGAGCGUCGAUCAUUUGAUCAUCCCAGUGAUCAACAGAGCCCAGCUGGUGGAUGACUCCUUCAACCUGGCCAGAGCGAAGAUCAUCCCAACCGUUCAGGCUCUUGAUACCACCAAGUAUCUGGACAAAGAGAGGGACUACAUGCCAUGGAAAUCAGCAAUCAACAACCUGGACUUUUUCUACCUGAUGUUUGACCGCACUGAGGUCUACGGCCCCAUGCAGACUUACCUGAACACUAAGGUUGCUCCACUAUUUCAAUACUACAAGGAACAAACAGGAGACUGGGCCAAUGUUCCAGGUGGACACCUGGACCAAUACAAUCAGGUGAACGCCAUCAGCAUGGCGUGCAAGACUGGCUUAGCUGAAUGCACAGCCCUGGUCAAGAGUUGGUUCUCUGACUGGAUGACCACCGGCACCAACAGGAUCCAUGCCAACCUGCGCACCACUGUAUACUGUAACGCCAUUGCAGCAGGGGGCGUCGCUGAGUGGAACUUUGCCUGGAGUAAAUUUGAAGAAGCAACUAUAGCCAUUGAAGCUGAUAAACUUCGAUAUGCACUGUCCUGCACCAAAGAACCCUGGCUCCUGAACAGGUACCUGGAGUACACUCUUGACCCUGUAAAGAUUCGAAAGCAGGAUGCCACCUCCACCAUCGUCUACAUCGCCGAAAAUGUGAUUGGUCAGUCUCUGGCGUGGGACUUCAUCAGGGCUCGCUGGUCGUACAUCUUUAAUGAGUAUGGCGGCGGCUCGUUUUCCUUCUCCAACCUCAUUAGUGGAGUCACCAAACGCUUUUCCACUGAAUUUGAACUUCAGCAGCUGAGGCAGUUCAAGGAAGACAAUGCUGCUGUUGGUUUUGGCUCAGGAACGCUCGCAGUGGACCAGGCUAUUGAAAAGACCCAAGCAAACAUAAAAUGGGUCGGGGAGAACAAGAAUAAUGUUCUGAACUGGUUCGAAGGUGCAAAUACACCUUAAUAGGGAACCUAUUUUCUUGUUUUUUUUUCUUGAUUAAAAUGUUUAUGCUGUAAUUGUAUUAAAAGGAAGAAAAGGCCAGCGCCAUGAACUCAUCACAUUAAACUUGUAAUCCUUAGCAGACAACAGUAAACACGAAGAAAUCUACUUUUUAAAACCAGUAUGAGCAUCUUUUAUAAACGUCUACCAAGAAAAUUGUUUCUGUGCAUUUUGUUUUUUUUAAUUUAUGUUUUGAAACAAAGAAUUUAAAUUUUUAAUUAUAUUUUUUAGAAAUCUUUUUUUACAUAAUCUAUGAAUUUAUAUUUAAAUAUCCAAUUUGUAAUGGGUAUUCUAUAAAAAUAUUGAUGAAUUAAUCUGUUAAAACUGAAUUAUUAGAGCUUUCUUUAAGUAUUUAUUGAUUAGAACUGUUCUGGUUAUGACCGCUGUUCUCAUAAUAUUGUCAUUAAACAUGUGUGUCAUUUCUACGAUGCACGUGAGAGAGAAAACACUAAAGAGGUAAAAAAAAAAAAAACAUAAACAUUUGUCAUUUAUACAAACAGUUUUGUUUUGAUGAAAACCUCUAGACAUGUGGCAGCCUGAACCAGAAUCUUUUUAAUGUUAUAUUUUUGUCUUGUCUUGUAAUCAAAGAGGGAAAAAAUAUUUAAAGUGAUGUCUUUCAGAUAUUGCAUAUCAUAUUUCAUACAGUUUUGUACAAUAUAUAUACAGUAGGCCUUUCAAAUAAUGCUGUAAACAUUUUUAAAGUUGAACUGUACUUUUUUGAAAAAUACAAUAAAGGUUUUGUUGUAAUGUG